ACAGAUCCGUGUGACCUCACGACUACCGGCAGCAUCUUAUUACCUGAGCUAUAGAGGAGCGCGCAACAAACAACAUAUAUCAAGCAGCAGAUACAAGCAACAAUUUCGCAUCUUGUUUCUAUGGCGCGGACGCUCCUAUACCUGCAUCGUCAUGACUUACGCCUUCAUGAUAAUCCCAUUCUGGAGCAAAUCAGGAAGGGGCAAUACGACAGCUUCCUGCCUGUAUACAUCUUCCCUGCUCACCAAAUCGAAGUGAACCCGCUACUUCGUGCUGAGCACCAAGGCAAAGCUCAUAAAGAGUUGCGUGCAUCAUUUGGUACGCGAAGGACUGGAAAUGUGAGGGUCAGCUAUUUGUGCGAGUCGCUGUGGGACCUUAAGCGAUCUUAUGCCAAAUUGGACGUCAACAUGCUCAUAACAGCUGGCAAGACUGAUGACGUGUUGAAGAGUAUCCUGGAUAAGCUGCAGGCGCAUAGCGCAGGGCAAAUUGAAGUAUGGUUGCAAAAGGAAUACACAACGGAAGAAAGAGAAGAGGAGGCUGCCAUAAUGGCUGUCUGCAAAAGCAACAAAACGGUCGCAUACAAGACGGUCGAAGAAUCCACAUUGGUUGACAUCUCCGAUCUUGGUUACCCUAUUGACAAGCUACCCAACUACUAUACAGAGUUUCGCAAAGGAGUGGAGCCGCUAGACAGCGUCAGAUUACCCUUCGAAGCUCCGAAGCAUCUGCCACCUUCGCCAAAAAUCACUUUCGAGAACGAGUACGAAAUUUCAGAUGAUAUGGACAAGGUCAUUGAGCAGCUUUGCGCACCUCUCGGUGGUCGUUGUGACAUACCACAAAAUACUGCUCAUCCUAUGAAAGGCGGUGAAACAGCGGCUAUCAAGCGAUUAGAGUAUUAUGUCACUGGCGGCAAGUCGGCUCCCGCCGCAUCUUAUAAAACUACUCGAAAUGGACUCCUUGGCUCAGACUACUCUACAAAGUUCUCCUCAUUUCUCUCUGUCGGGUCUUUAUCUCCAAAGCUUAUUCAUCAUCGCCUCCUUCAGUUUGAGAAGGAACAUAACCUAGAAGGAGAUGUCAACACAUAUUGGAUUCGAUUUGAACUGCUCUGGAGGGAUUACUUCAAGUUUGUGGCACUCAAGUUUGGCAAGCGCAUGUUCCUGAAGUAUGGUCUUAAGCAAGCAAAGCUCAAUGAUCAGUGGCUUGGUGCAGACUCACGCGAGGCUAUGCGAUGGAAAGAGGGUACAACGGGAGUAGGUAUUGUCGAUGCUGCUAUGCGCGAGCUUAAAGCGACUGGUUAUCUGUCCAACAGAGCCCGACAGAUCGUUGCCAGCUUCCUGACAAAAGAUCUCAACGUUGACUGGCGAAUUGGUGCCGAGUAUUUUGAAGAGAAGCUUAUCGACCACGACCCUUCGGCCAAUUACGGCAACUGGCAAUAUCAAGCCGGCGUCGGAAACGAUCCACGCACGAGUCGGAGAUUCAACCCAGCGAAACAGGCCCACGACUACGAUCCUGAUGGUGCUUACAUCAAAACAUGGUGCCCGGAGGUUGCCAAAGCCACCGUGAGCAUGAAUUGGGUCUACUUCUGGACAACUCCUCCCAAACUACAGCAGACUUUGGGCAUCGCAGGGCUUGAAGGAGUACGCGAUCCAGUGAAAGGGCUCUGUGGCGACGAGCGGGAACGCAACAGUGGCAGAGGCGUGCCGGGCUAUCGGAAGAAGGCAAGGAGACACGAGGGAAGACCGCGCCGCGGUGAACGUACUGCUUCAUAUGACUCGUAGAUAAGAGUUGUUGGUAUUUGCCGGCACGUUAUAUAUGCAGAAAGACAAGAAAGUGUACAUUGG